AUGAAUUUAAAAGAAAUUGUUAAAUCCCUUGCUACUAACACUUUACAGUUUCAGCAGGAAACACAACAAUUUCAACAAGAAACAAGAGCUAGUAUUCAAGAAACGAAGGCUAGUAUUCAGAACUUGGAAAGGCAGAUGGGUCAACUAGCGACUACGGUAAGUCGGUUGGAAUCACAGAGUUCUGGCAAACUACCCUCGCAAACGGUGGUUAAUCCAAGAGAAAAUGCAAGUGCAAUUGUGUUGAGAAGUGGUAAGGAAAUUGAAGGGCCUGCGGUUGCUACCCCAUCAGUGAACCAAGAAAAAGAGGGAACUAACAACAAUGAAAAAUCUCAAGGUAAGUCUCCCAACCCUACUGAUUAUGAACCAGUUCCCCCAUUCCCCCAAGCUUUGUUAGAAUCUAUAAAAGGAAUGAAAGAUGAAGAGUUAUAUGAAACUUUCAAAAAUUGUGAAGUGAAUAUUCCAUUACUUGAUGCAAUAAAACAAGUUCCUAGAUAUGCUAAAUUCUUAAAGGAGUUGUGUACAACAAAAAGGACACAAAAGUCAAAAAAAGGUGAGAAAGUGCUAAUGGGUAAGAAUGAAGGAGCAAAACCAUCUCGUCAACCACAAAGAAGGCUAAACCCGCCCAUGAUGGAAGUAGUCAAGGAAGAGGUCCUCAAACUCCUUGGAGCUGGGAUAAUCUAUCCUAUUUCAGAUAGCAAAUGGGUUAGCCCAACUCAAGUGGUUCCUAAGAAAACAGGGAUUACAGUUGUCAGAAAUCAAAAUAAUGAACUUGUCCCCACUCGUAUUCAAAAUGGGUGGCGAGUUUGUAUAGACUAUAGGAAGUUGAAUGCUGUUACAAGAAAAGAUCACUUCCCUUUACCAUUUAUUGACCAAAUGCUAGAAAGGUUGGCCGGUCGCUCUUAUUUUUGUUUUCUUGAUGGUUAUUCAGGUUAUUUCCAGAUUCCAAUCGCUCCGGAAGACCAGGAAAAGACGACUUUUACAUGUCCCUUCGGCACUUUUGCAUAUCGACGCAUGCCGUUUGGCCUCUGUAAUGCCCCGGGUACCUUUCAGAGGUGUAUGGUUAGCAUAUUUUCUGAUUAUGUUGGGCAUAUGAUUGAAGUUUUCAUGGAUGAUUUUACAGUUUAUGGCGACUCUUUUGACUCCUGCUUACAUAACCUUUCACUUAUUUUGAAAAGAUGCAUAGAGAGUAAUCUUGUGUUAAAUUCUGAAAAAUGUCAUUUUAUGGUUAACCAAGGUAAUGUUUUGGGGCAUGUUAUUUCAUCUAGUGGGAUUGAGGUUGAUAAAGCCAAAGUUGAUAUUAUAGAGUCUCUGCCUUAUCCUACUACUGUGCGGGAAGUCCGCUCUUUUCUUGGACAUGCAGGUUUUUACCGAAGGUUUAUCAAAGACUUCUCGAAAAUAGCACUACCUUUAUGCAAAUUGUUGCAGAAAGAGACAUCCUUUGAGUUUGACAAAAAGUGUAAGGGAGCAUUUGACGAAUUGAAGGAGUUGUUGACGUCUGCGCCGAUCAUUCAGCCACCUAACUGGAACUACCCAUUUGAGAUUAUGUGUGAUGCAAGUGAUCACGCAGUAGGGGCUGUGUUGGGCCAAAAGAUCGGGAAAUCAUCCCAUGUUAUUUAUUAUGCUUCUAGGACUUUAAAUGAUGCUCAGAAAAACUAUUCUACUACAGAAAAAGAACUUUUAGCCAUUGUUUUUGCUUUAGAAAAAUUUAGGUCCUAUUUGCUUGGCACCAAAGUUAUCGUUUAUUCUGACCAUGCAGCUCUUCGCUACUUGAUGAAAAAGCAGGAAGCCAAACCAAGAUUGAUAAGAUGGAUUCUCCUCUUAAGUGAGUUUGAUGUGGAGAUCAAAGAUAAGAAGGGGUCAGAGAAUCUUGUGGCCGAUCAUUUGAGUCGGUUGGUACACAUUGAACCUGAACCUCCGCUGCAAGAAGCAUUCCCUGAUGAGCACUUAUUGGCUGCGACUGUGGUUUUACCUUGGUAUGCUAAUGUAGUCAACUUUUUGGUUGCCAACAAGUUUCCUCAUAAUUCGUUUAAAGCCCAAAAAGAUAAAAUCAGGAGUAACGCCAAGUACUAUGUAUGGGAUGAACCGUACCUCUGGAAACAUUGUGCUGACCCGUGGGUAGAAGCUAGAGCUACCAGGACUGAUGACUCUAAAGCUGUUGCAGAUUUUAUCAAAUCUAACAUCUUUUCCAGGUUUGGCAUUCCAAGAGCUAUAAUAAGUGAUCAGGGUACUCACUUUUGUAAUCGCACCAUCGAAGCAUUGCUUAAGAAGUACCAUGUCACCCAUAAGGUGUCAACUGCCUACCACCCACAGACUAAUGGGCAGGCAGAGGUGUCCAACCGAGAGGUGAAGUCAAUCCUUGAGAAAACAGUCAACCCAAACAGAAAGGAUUGGAGUUUGCGAUUAGAUGAUGCAUUGUGGGCGUAUAGAACCGCAUACAAAACACCUAUUGGUAUGUCCCCUUAUCGCAUUCUGUUUGGGAAAGCUUGUCACCUUCCCGUUGAGUUGGAGCACAGAGCCUAUUGGGCUGUCAAGAGCUUUAAUAUGAACAUUGAUGAAAGUGGCCUACACCGGAAGUUGCAACUUUCUGAGUUGGAGGAGAUUCGCAAUGAGGCCUACGGGAAUUCAAGAAUCUACAAAGAAAAGACAAAAGCUUUCCAUGACAAGAUGCUUUUGAGAAAGGAAUUUUCAAUUGGACAAAAAGUCCUCCUCUUCCAGUCACGUCUUCGGCUAUUCCCAGGUAAGUUACGUUCUCGUUGGGUUGGUCCAUUUAUUAUCACUAAUAUUUUUCCUCAUGGGGCGAUAGAGAUUCAAAGUUUACAGACUUCAAAGAUAUUCAAGGUUAGUGGCCAUCGGCUUAAACCUUACCAUGAAGGGGCUCAAGUUGAAUAUAUUGCCGACAUACUUCUUGAAGAUCCCAGCUAUUUUGAAUAA